CAUUUAGCUGAGUUGUCAAACAAGCCCAAUAUUCAGGCAAAUUGAGGUGGACAACAAGCGUGACUUUUUAAAAAGAGUUCGAUUUAGCGAAGUGAGGGGAAAUAUUUUAUUUAUUCAGGGGGGAAAAGUUUUUCUAGUGUUUGUAAAUAUAAUUUCGAAAUCCUAAGCAACAAGAAGAUGGUUUUAGCCGAUAAAAGCUCAGACGAUAUACGGAACGGUCGACGCUCUCGUUGUGGGAGUCCUAAUGGACAAAUAUCUGAUGAUAGCAGUGCUGCUGAUGAUUCUGAUCACGAGAGUGGCAUGAGAGUUGGAGAGGAAUACCAAGCUAGAAUUCCCGAUUCAUGUAUAUCAGAUGGCAAAAAUGAUGUACGGACUGAUGCUAUGCUUGUGUGGGCUCCCAAUGCUGAUCUAUGUGAAUCAAGAAUUGAUGAUUAUGUUACUAUCGCAAAAGAGAAACAUGGCUACAACAUGGAGCAGGCUCUUGGUAUGCUGUUUUGGCAUAAACACAACAUAGAAAAAGCAUUAGCAGACUUACCAAACUUUACUCCAUUUCCUGAUGAGUGGACUGUUGAAGAUAAAGUUCUUUUUGAACAAGCAUUUAGCUUCCAUGGGAAAAGUUUUCAGAGGAUCAGGCAAAUGCUUCCAGAUAAAUCCAUUGCUAGUUUAGUAAAGUAUUAUUACUCCUGGAAGAAAACCAGGUCAAGAACAAGUCUUAUGGAUCGCCAGGCUAAAAAACUGGCUGGACAUCCACGUGAUGGAGACAGUGAUGGUGCAUCGGAUGAAGGAAGUAGAAACUCUGACAGUGAUGUUGAGAAUAACAAAGAGAAUGGGACCAGCAGAGGUGAAGAUAGCAAAAGUUGUACCAAUUGUGGAAUGCAUUCUUCUCAACUCCAUUCAACCGCAAAAGGAUCUCUGUGCAAUAGUUGCAAUCAAUAUUUGCGGCGAACUGGUGUAAUGAAAUCCAGUACUGGACCGACCAAGCGUCGUGAACAACAGCAUAGCCAGCAUCGGCAUAAUCCUAUGCGACAUAAACGAAAGCCCCCACGUGGCAUGUAUUUGAAUGAAGAUGACCUCAGGUUAAUGCUCACUGGACCACUACAGCAAGCUGAACAAAUUUUAAAGUCAUUAGAUGCAGAGCUUGUCUCUUUAAAACGACAGGUUCAAAACAACAAACAGAUCAUAAGUAUGCAGAAACACAAAACAAGUUCUGGAAUAGAUGAAUGGAGACCACCAGAAACUACUCAGAGAAUAAAUUCUCGUUGGACUAAUGAUGAACUAUUGCUUGCAGUGCAAGGUGUUCGUCGUUAUGGAAAGGAUUUCAAGGCUAUUGCUGAAGUGAUUGGCAAUAAACUUGAAGCACAUGUGCGUAACUUUUUUAUAAAUUACAGACGCAGGUAUAAUUUAGAUGAAGUCUUGGCUGAGUAUGAGAGUGAACACGGAACAGACUCAGUUAAAGAAGAAGAAGAGGAAGAAGAAGAAAAAAAAGAUAUUGAAAAGAUGGAUGUUGAUGGCAAAUCUUCAACAGAUGGUGCUGCGGCAUCUUCAUCCCCACCACCUAUAAAUCAGGAGUCGGUAGCUAAUCUGCCAGCUUCUGGUAGUGGGAAUGCUACCCCAACGGCUGCUGGCACACCGGCUCCCCCUCCCUUGCUCAAGCAGCCGCAAGUGCCUAUCACGAAGGGGAAUAAUUCCCAAACAUCUCAACACCCGAGGUACAGGUUGCUUCCUCAACCGAAGACCAUACUACAGCAACCACCACCUCCGUUAAUUCGCCCUAUGCCUGGAAAACAGCAUGUCAGCACAGUGGUACCAGCUCAGAUGCCAGCUGCUGGAGGAAGAGACUAAUCUUAGUAUCACAUUAGCCACCAAUAACCUUCAUUAGAUAGUUCCACUGGGUUGAACCCACCACUCACUUCAUUUUGAUAUGUCACUUAACCUCUUCAUUCAGUUCUAGUGGAGAUAUGAACUACGGUGUUUCCGUCAACUUUUUCAUCCCCACUCUCCUCUCGUUAAAUAUAACAUAUAGAAACAACUAUUUUAUUGCUCCUCUCUCUUGAAUAACGUACUUCAUAUUGUAUAUCAUCUUUUUUUUCCUCUUGAUUCAAACUACAUAUCCGUACACAUAUAUGUAUCUGUAUAUAUAUAUAUAUAUAUAUAUAUACACACAUACACGCACACAUAUGUGUAUGUUUGAUGGCAUAUGUUGUUAGUUAUAUACUAUAUAUUUAUAGUAUAUACACCAUCAAUCUUGAACUAGCAAGAUACCCAAAAUCCCAUAAAUUCAUGAAGAAACUUUAUGCAAUUAUUUAUAAAUUAUUUAUUUUGUACUUCCUCAGGGUCACAUAAUCCUGUUUGUCAGUGUUGUAACAAGCUCUAAUAUUGUACAAAUUACCUCAGUUAUCAGCACUGAUUUUGUGGAACGGCCUAAACGCAUAUGAUGAUUGCAUAAUUCAGUUACCUUUUGGUGUCAGACCAGCUUUUUACUCACCAACGAGCUAAGUACAAGUGUGAUUUGAGAGUAUCUGGCUUGUUGGUCAGUUGUUUCAAUGUUGUACAAUGCAGUUCCAACUGACCAGUUUCCAGCACAAUAGUUGGCAACACAGAUCUUUGUGUGGAUGUUCAUCUUCAUUUAUAAUUUGAGAGAAUUCAGAAAACAAAAAAAAACAAAAAAAAAAUAAAAAAAAAAUAUCAAUGAAACCAUUAAUAAUAACCCAAAAUGAAAUUAAGAAACACUGUUUAAAAAUAAAUAAAUAUAUAUAUAUAUAUAAAAGAAAAGCGAUAAAAGUUUCUACUGUGAAUACCUGCCAUUGUACCAUGGUGGGCAUAAGGAGGAUUGAUAAUAUUUUUACAUGUUGUUCAUAUCUGUAUUUGUCCAAAAAGCUUGUGGUCAGUCCAACCACACAAUCCAAAUAAAUGAUAAAAUCUUU